GCCUUCAGGACGAUGUUUUGUUUUCAAAACCGGUGAAUAAACACACUAUGAUGUUGCCUGGCAGGGAAACCGAUGCCGAAACACACGGAAAAUCCAGUGAAAACCUCGAAAUCGGAAAUGACAAAGGUUGUGGCUACUAUUAAUAACAUUCGAAAACAGUGUCAUUAAAUUCAUCUAGACGGCCGUGUUAAGAAAUACCACUAAUUAAACAGCUGCUCCGCAUAGUUCUACUAGGAUAUUUAAAUGAAUGGGAAUUGAAGUCGAAGUGCACGAUAACAAGACGAAGAACUUUUUGUACGAACCGACUUGAGGGUUGUGAGUGAGGCCAUACAAAGCAAGAGCUUGAACAACUUGAUUAUGGAACCCAUGGCCGAUCCCUCCAUGAACGCGGCCGAGCUCAAGAAAGCCCUCGAAUGGGAGCUAUCGUUGGACAGCAGAGACCUCCGUUCGCACGCCUGGUACCACGGCGCCAUCCCUCGCGCUCGGGCCGAAGACAUCGUCAGGGAAGAGGGCGAGUUCCUCAUCCGAGACUGUACCUCGCAACCCGGCAACUACGUCCUCACCUGCAGAACGAAAACGCACCCGCUCCACUUCGUCAUCAACAAGCUGAUCCUCCAGCCCGACACUGUGUACGAACGGGUGCAGUUCCAGUUCGAAGACGACGCCUUCGACACGGUCCCGGACCUGAUCACCUUCUACGUGGGCUCGGGGAAACCCGUGACCGCGGCAUCGGGCGCGAGGAUUCAGGUGCCGCGGAACCGGAUGUAUCCCUUGUCGUUUUACGCGACCAAGUACCCCACGCCGCUGCCGCAGAGCAGGAUGACGUCUCCGGCUACGACUCCGGUGGGGCAUCAGUACCGGCACAGCCCGCUUUCACAGUACCGCCCUAGCAACUCGCCCACGCGCCCCUCCAGAGAUGGCCCACCCCGACUGCCCUCGAAGAAACAGCGGUCCCAGUCGCUCACCCCCUCCGAGGUCAACAGGAUCUCCCAGGAGAAGUGUAACAGCGCCGACGGAGUCAUCCAAUCACCGCUGAUGACGCGCUCGGCCGGUGCCGAAUCGGUCGGCUCGGGCUUGAAGUUCUCCUCGCACUCCCUCCCGCGCAACCCGCACAAUAAACUCUCUCUGUCGUGUAGUGCGAACACGUUAGGUAGAAACAGCAGAGUGACUAGUGAUUCGACUCUCUCGCCGUGCGCCGAGCGUAAAUUUUUCGGCGAAAACGACUCGGGCGUUUCCGACUCUCCUCCACCGAAACCCUCGCGAGUUCCUAGCCUUCUGCGCAUCGAAUCCAAAGACUCGGAUGUGAUCGAUGUGCGGUACGGUUUGGACGGUGGAUUCGCUGCGCACGGCGGUCUGCAGCGCGUUACCUCCUACCACGCCUCCGGUUCGGACUCGGGUAAUGGGUCCGGAGACUCGGCUAUGAGCUCGGCGACAGACACUGGCGAUUUGCCAAAGAAUACCGGUGUGAUACUUAAAAACCCUAGGUACAAUUUAUCCAAUUCCGAAUCUUCCACUACGCUGAAGAGCUUCGACAUCAACUGGGUGGCGGCUGAGGAGAAGCUGAUGCAAAUGGAGCAGGUGGGGGUAGAUCUUUCUUCCAGGUUCGAUUUGGAAAACUUCCAAACCUUGUUGCUUCCCGUUCGUGAGAAUAAGCCUCUGGACGCGCAGGCUUUGAGAAAGAUUAGAAUGACGCUGUUUGAAUUGGGGCCGAGGAUAAUAGCUAACCACUUGACUAGGACUGAUUUAGAUUUAAUAUUCGGUAAAAAGGGUGACAAUUCGGUAGGAUCGAAGUUGGUCAGCGGGAUUAGCCUUUGUGCACUGCCUCACGGACAUCAAUUCAGGACCGAUUUAGUUGAAAGGACAGAAUGUUUGAAAUUAUUGGUUGCAGUGACGAUUUUGACUUGUGCUGAUGAGUUAGAGAGAACUGACACCCUAAACAAAUGGAUAGAAAUAGCGAUAGAUACGAAAACCGCUUUGGGAAAUCUAUUUGGUUUUUGUGGAAUCAUGCUGGGAUUAUGUCUUCCGCAGAUUGAGAAACUGGACACCACUUGGCACACGCUCCGCCAAAAAUACACCGACUCUGCCUUCAACUUCGAAGCGAAACUCCGCCCAACGUUGAAAAACAUGAACAGUUGCUCAAACCCUCAAGCGCCGAACACCACCAUCCCCCAUUUGCUUCCCUUAAUUCUACUGUUAGAACGUAACCUAGACGACUUCCUCGCGCCCGCCGACCAGAACCAGCUCGCGCAGAACUGCCUCGGCAUGUGGGAGUCGAACACACAAGAUUUUGGCCUUAGUACUCUCUUGAGCCACAUGGAAACUGCCAGAAAGUACUUCGAACUAAGCCCGACGUACCAGAGGAACGCCGAGAUCGUGCUCGGUGAGGCGAGAAUGGACGAGCUGACGCUCGACAUGUUCCGCACGGAGUUCCACCUAAAGUUCUUGUGGGGCAGCAGGGGGGCCUUCGCGCCUGCGUACGAGAGACACACGAAGUUCGAGCAAGUUCUGACGGUGAUGGCGGAGAAGUACUGCAAUCCCAGAAACGAAACAAACGUUUGAGUAAUGUAUUGUGAUCCAUUAGUUGUAAUUGUGGGGUAAGGAUGGGUAGAUUCGUUGUUUGGAACUGAUGAGAAAAGCUGGUGGCAUAAUAUAGCGCAGUGCUCGAUUUCAAUUUAAUUUUCAGGCAAUUUUUGAACAGUAUUGAGACACCAGAGAAUUAAAAUUUUUGAACGUUCUUUUUGCAGCAAAAUUUGCGUGUGGUUAGAAAUAAUUGUGAAAUAAGCGACAAAUUGGGGUUAUUUGCUUAUUUCUUUUGAUUCAUUUACUAUUUGACGAAGCAGUCAAUUUACACAAAGUAUUUUCAAAAAAUAUACCUAACGGUAUUAUACAAAUACGGACUCCUGAUAAAUUUUCUUCGACUGGUCAUUUUGCAGGUUAUAAACUUCCAACAUUUAAACUGUAUACUUUCUCAUGAACUUUACGUUCUGGAGUGAUUAUAUACUUCGCUAUAGACAGAGAUCUUCUCUUUUACGUUCAAAAUACGGUAUUAUCACUAUCCUUGGUCGAUCUAAAAAAAUGAGGUAACGAAAGGUACUGCCGUGAAUUUUCCGUUUUCCAUUUAGGUAGUGAUUGUCCAAAUGAAUCUUUUCAACUGUUUCAAAAACCACUUGUGGCAAGUUACUAGAAUCAGCUUCUAUGUUUGAUACAACCUCAUCAUAUUAUUCGGACUUUCUUCAAAAUUUCAUAGUUAUUCAGUUUUAGUUAAUAAUUUGCUUAGCUAUGGCGUGAUCGGGUAUAUGACUAAUAAGCAUGGAAAAUUAUUCUGUUCCUAUUUUAUUGAUUUGUAAUGGGUAGUAAAUACACAAGUUGUAUUCUGAAAACGUACAUUUCAAGUAAAGAAUUGAAAAAGAAACUUCUGUUUGAAAAAAAUUCUUAUUCGGAUGGUACGAGUAUGGCUCUGUCGAACUCUUGAAAAUCUGGUUUGGUUCCCAGUGGAGGAGGCACAAAGUAUGUGGUCUGCUGUUUCAUCAUUUUCCAAAAAGAGGCGACACACACUGUCUCUGCA